UUUAGAGAAAACUGCUGUGGAAAACUCGGCCAGAAGCUAGCAAGUAUCAAGUGAAUCCACAACAUCACCAGAAAUGUAUUUUCAAGCCAGGCAAACUCUGUGUGAAGAGAUCCAGAAGGCAGCAGGCACACUGCAGGAAAAAUGCCCCACUGUGACCAUCAAUGAGGAUGCAUUGUGUGACGAGGUUACUGGCCUGAAAGAGUUCCUAAAGGGGGAUCGCUUGAAGAAUGGAAAACAUCUGAGACACCGCUUAGUCAGAGAUGGAGCAUGGUGGUUACCCACUUCAAAGAGAAUGACAUCCCACACACUAACCUGGCUAGAUUAGUGUCUGUUGUCAUUUACUUCCAGGCCAUGCUUAUUGUGAAGACGAACUUCAACCUCCCCUGCCAGGAGUUCAUGGAGAAGCUGGCCAAAGACAGAGCAAUCCUGAAGAAAAUACCUUCUUCUGAGAAAUAUACAGAUUAGGUUGGUAUAAGUAUAUUAUGUAGUUACCAAUCUCAUCAGCAUCUUAUUUCUUUAUUAUGUUAAGUAUUUCACAUAUACUAUUGUCUGUUUUUUCAAUUUUGCUCAUGUUCUCUUCUGCUCUUAUUCUACCAGGACCACUGAAUGGCUGUUCAGAUCGGACAGUUCUGUCUUGUCUGUAGUGUUUCUGUAAUAUAGUUGUUUUCUCUAUCACAGUGUGCCUGUUAGACUAAAUACAUGAAACCGGAAUUGUCCCCCAUUAUAUUUCAUAGAUAAUAACAUUGGAUAUUUUAAUUAUAUAUUGACCUGCCGAACUGGAAAUGUCCCCGGUUUUCAUUUUAGAAAUCUGGUCACCUUACUGUAUUCGUAAGAAUGUAUUUCAAGGCAACUGACAGACAGAGCAUAUGAAAGCACAGAGGCAAUCUCUCUUGCACAUCAAAGACACUUCAAUGACUUGAUGGUCAAGAGAGCAUGCAAAGCGCAUGUAACUAGGCUACAUCUACAGUAUUCAACAUGGUGAGAUGAGAUAUACAGAAACGCUUACAAUCUCCCUGACAUCUGCUCCCCGUAGAUCCCCUUUCCGAGUCUCCACAUUGGCAAUGAUUUUGUCAGUCUUCUCGCGGACAUGUUCGUACAGACUACUGCGCAUCUCAUGUGUGGAGCGGCAGGGGGUAAAUACUUUCGUUCCCUGCCCCUGCCUUGUAAAGCGUUUUGAAACCGGUUUUAAGACGUUCUAUGUGCAAAGCCGGGUAACCAUGCCAAUGCAAGUCGCCAUGUUUCAAUGCGGAAGUAGGUUGGUAAAUAGAGGCGGAACUAAAUAAGACAACCAAUGAAAUGACGGGACCUGAAAAUUAUAUGAGCAAAAUCUGUAACAAAUGUAAUGUUUAGAAAGUAGAAAACAAAAUAUCGCUUAAAUUUGCUUUAGUUAUAAAAUAAGGCGCACAAAUGAGUCCAAAACAAAACGUCACAUCCGUGCACCGGUUCAAAGGCUAACCAAUGAGACUAGCGGAACUAUUGCAUUGCGGUAAUGCAGUUGGGACAGGGGGAAAAGUGAAUUGUGCGGCCGACAAUAGUCAGGCAGGUCCUGGGGCAAUACAACCAGUUUUUCAUAUUUUUAACAACUGUAAUGCGUUUGAGAUGUUUGUAUUUCUUGCCAUUUUUUACUGAUUCCCCGGAUAAGACAGAAAGGGGUGCUUUGGCGGAUGUUUUUUUAGAGAGCUGCAUUCAGCAGUUGCUAACUAACGUUAGCUAGCCGCCGCCAGGCGGUCUGUUGUUAUAGCCUGCAUGGUGGUUUUGAGAACCAUGAGCCGUGCUGCACCCCACACUGGAGGCCGUACUCACCCAGACCAGGACAGGCGGAUCGGAGGUUGGGACACACGGAAUGCAACUGUCAGCUUUCCUUAUUGACUGACUACAGACAAUCGGGCUUAAAGGUGAAGCUACCAACUGUCUGGCCCCUGGUCACAUCCACACUAUCGGAGCCCAGGACAGGAGAACGAAGUAGGGUAGUCUCCCUUGAAUCAAGGUAAAGUCAUUUUGUGUCACUAUUCCUGAAUGUACCCUGUUGAUUUUCUCAAUAAGAGACAAUAAGAGAGAGGACUAGGGAAUGCUGCCUUUGAGAGCUUUGCAAGACAUUCAUUCAGCCUGUAGCUUAGUGUUGGAUACGAUUCAUAAAGGGCUUUGAAGUUUAGCUUGACCAUGAUCCUCUAAUUACUCUUAAAUAGAUUACUAACAUCUAUCUACAUCAAAUCAUAAUUAUAACUGGCCACCAUCUUGUGUAUCUGGCUCCUUGAGACAGAAAUAAUGUUUUUUGUUGUUGUUAAAGGUUCCUGAUAUUCCUAUGUAUAUUAUGUCGACGCUUGACUAUCUUCAGAUGAGUGCAGUCCGUGGAGGAACGAUCACCUGGCGGCCACAGCCCUGGCAGGACGGGGACGGUGGGGGCGGGGAGCCCCUCUCGGACAGCGACUCCGAAGAAGAGGACUUUCCCGACGACAGCACCACUCCUUUAGGAGACUACGUCACACAUGGGUUGAAGCAGCUACUGGAUGCUCAGCAGUUGUGUGACGUCACUCUGUUAGUGGAGGGGAAGAGGUUUAUGUGUCACAGAAUCCUCUUGGCAGCCGUCAGCCCGUAUUUCCGUGCCAUGUUCACUAGCCCGUUGGUGGAGUCCCGUCUCACUGAGAUCCGAUUGGAGGAGGUGACGCCGUCAGUCAUGGAGACUGUCAUCCAGUUCGUCUACACUGGGGAGGCAGGGCUCUGCUUGGACACGGCCGAAGACCUGUUUGUGGCGGCCAAUCGGCUUCAAGUGAUGCCCCUGCAGGAUCUGUGCUCCAGGUUCCUGUUUGAACACCUGUCUGUGGACAACUGCCUGGGCAUGUACUCUCUGGCCCGCUCCCACCACGACCAGCUGCUCCUGAGGGCCUCUCUGAGGCUGGUGGCCCAGCACUUCCCCCGCGUGGCCCGCCAAAAGGACUUCCUUCUGCUGGACCCAGGCACCCUGGGCAGCCUGCUGGGAUCUGACCGCCUGGGCGUAGACUCUGAGGCAGAGGUGUACGACGCUGCGCGCCGCUGGGCCGAGCACCAGCCCCUGGACCGUUACAGCCACAUGCCGGCCCUGCUCCACCACCUCCGCCCCGGCUUGCUGUCCCUGGAGGAGAGCCGGCGGCUGAGCCAGGAGCUGGGCCCUGCGGCAGCCGGGGAGGGCCUGGGAGGCCCACUGAGGCCCCGGGAAGGCAUGUUCGAGAAGAAGAUCGUGUGUGUGGACCUGAAGCCGCGGGAUGACGAGUUGUUGAACGAGAGGGACUUCACUGUGGACUGCUUCGACCCACGUACAGGGAAAUGGGAGAAGCUGGCUGCCCUGGGCUCUCUGCUGUGCCCAGGUUGCACGGCCAUCGGGGGGCGGCUGUUCGUAGCGGGGGGCAUCCUGCGGGGGGGCACGGUGUCCACGGAGGUUCAUGAGUAUGACUCUGUGUUGGAUCGCUGGCAGGAGCGGUCGCCCAUGGUGCAGCCCCGAGCCAUGCUGGGUCUGCUGGGCUGUGGGGAGUCACUCUACGCCCUGGGGGGCUGCAACAGAGGAGCCAUGCUGGACUCCUGUGAGAUCAUGGACCUGGCCUCUCUCCAGUGGGGCCCCGGGCCCCGUCUGCCCCUGCCGCUGCGCUCCUUUGCCUGUGCCACCCUGCGCGGCCGCAUUUACCUUUUGGGCGGCACCACGCUGGAGCAGAACCGGGCUGUGGUGCACGCUGGCGUGCUAAUCUACCACACCCUGACUGACUCAUGGACCCGUGUGGGACUGGACUCUGGCGCCACCUGCCUGGCUGGAGGGGUGGCGGUGCGGGGAGGGGUCUGUGCCAUCGGAGGCUACAUGAGGGACGCCACAAAGUUUAUAGAUGGAAACUAUACCCAUCUGGAACCUCUCGACGCCACGGGGCGGGUGCUGUUCUUCAGGGAGGGCCGGGGCUCAGGAGUGGAGCGGGAGGUGACGGGGGCGGUGGUGGCAGAGAGGAGCGGGGGGAGCGACCGAGCCCCUAGUCCGGUGGUUUUCCCAGGGCUGCCGAGGCGGAUCGCUGCCGGGGGCGUGGCCAGGUGGAAACGCAGGAUAUACGUGCUGGGCGGGGAGAACGGCUCCCGUUUCUAUGACAGUGUGUACUGUUGGAAGCCUGGCUGGCGCAGCUGGGUCCAGAGACGGGAGAAACUACCCGGAGACACGGGGGGAGUCAGCCAGUUCGGCUGUACCACCCUCAAGUUCCCCAAGAAACACAUCCUGUCCCGACUGAGACUGGCUCGGGAGGACCACAAUCCUGAUGAUGACUAGCCACAGCAGGACUAAUGAGCUAUGGCUAAGACCAGCAUUCAUGGGGUUUCGAUAAUGAAAUUAAAUGUAAUUAACUUUUAACACUUGAGACAGUGGGGGGAAGGGACUCACAUCUGAAUGUAACCACCGUAUGCCACAAAAACGCUCAAGUCCUUCUCAAAAAUGAUUUGAAUGUAUUUAAAUGGUUUGAAACUUGUCUGCCUGUUGAACACACAUCCUCAGCCUUUGCCAAUUUAUAGGCUAUGCAGCCGUUAAAUUCCUAUGUUGUGAAUGACUGGCUGUGAAUGUUUGGCAGGGCUUACAUUUGUUUAUUGAAAUUUGAUGAGGCGUUUUCAUUUUUUAUUUCUGCCUUUUCUAUCCCAAACUUUCUGAAAUUCACCAAAGGAUCCCACUCAUGUAACUUUAAUCUUUCACUAUCCAGUGAUUCCAGGGCCAUGUUUAUUAGGCACCAAACAGAAGAAAAUUAGCUGAAACGGGGAAGGACCACCUACCUGGACUUGUCCAAUAACCUAUACAUUCAUUUUUGGUUUGCAUUGCAACAUUUCUGAUUGAGAGGGGGUCAAAUACUUAUUUCCCUCAUUAAAAUGCAAAUCAAUUAAUAACAUUUUUUACAUGUGUUUUUCUGGAUUUGUUUGUUAUUC